UAUUCCAGGUGCGUGAAAGGAAUAUGGGAGAACUUAAACAUAUAUAUCUUUAUAAAAAAAAAUUUAAGUUCCUUGUGGAAGUUUUAUGCAGUAGAAUAUCUUUUGUUUCUGUGCGACAUUUGCAUUAACUCGUGCCAUAUGUUGACAGACUAGUGAAACUCCUUCAAAAAUCUUUCUCAUUAACUGCUUGUGUGCUAUUCAACAACCUUUAUCUGGAUACGAGGCUGUCGCUGAUUACGUGAAUAGACUUGGAGCAAUGAUUGAUAAUCACUUACGCGUUCUUGUGGAAAAAGAAGCUGAAGCAAUCUUAAGAAGAUGUAAUUUGUCAGAAAAGAUGCGUCUCUUGCAGAAUUCAAUACACAAGGAAGGGGAGAAUGAAGUCGGUACCCCAUUGGCUGAGAGGGAGGACACUAGUCCAGCCAUUCUUUCGGAGUGUUUGAAAGCUCUGUUUGGUCUUAUUUUGGGAAGUGAAAGUUCCCUGCCGGAAUUUGAGCAGAUGCAGGUUCCAAGAUUGCGUUCUGAGGCUUCUAUAGGCGUGGCCAGGUCAUUGGCCGAAGCUUACGAGCUUAUUUAUAAGGCUAUUAUGGAUCCCAAAAAUGUUUUGUGUUUUGAAACUGAAGGAAGAGACGAGGGAGAGAGAAAGGAAGAAAAGCUGAUAAACUCUGAAAAAAGAAAGAACUCUAAAGCUGGUGAUGCAAAUGAGUCUGAGUCUCCUUUGGGUACACUAGGAUCAUCUCGUGUUAGCAACAUUUAUGGAGUUUAUGAUGUUUUUUAG